AAGUAUCAACAUUUCAAAAUGGCGACAUGUAUGAAGUAAACAGAUUAAUAACGAAGAUGUAAUUUUCUGUAAACGAAGUGGACUAACUUUAUUUUUUAAACAUGAAGAUUGCAUUUCUCUGGUUAAUGUUGUUCUGGUUGAAUUUGUCUGGAGUUAAUCCUCAAUGUCAUAUUGAACCUAAGAUACAGGAUGGGUUUUCUGUGGAUAAUCUACAUGAGGGUGAGAAUCAGCUAAAACAGUUGACGUGUAUAACUUGUACAUGUAAUGGAGAUCCUAUAGCACAUUAUGUUGUCGAAUUGGUCAGCAUCAACUUCCCCACCUACUGUAGACAAUGUUUCUCCAUGUAUAACCUUACUAAUGUUAUUAAAGGAUCUCCACCAAAUUACUGUCUUUAUUACGUUCCUGGUGUUAUACCUGUAUCUUAUAGAAGAGGAUCAGUGUUCGAUAUGACAAUUCGAUGCACCGUGGAAAAUACAGCUACAACACCCAUACCCACAACGACCCCUGAGCCAAAUCCGACAGUACCGGUAUCAUCUCUACCUGAAUGUAAAGAAUCAACGACGGCGCCUGAAAUGUUAACACAAACAACAGUUACGACCAGAGGUACUACCGCGUCAACAGUUACAGAUACUACAGCGUCAACAGUUUCCGGUCCUACGGAGUCAACAGUUACAGGUACUACUGCGUCAACAGAUACAGAUACAGGUAAUACAGCGUCAACAGAUGCAAGUAAUACAGGGUCAACAGAUACAGAUAAUACAGCGUCAACAUAUGCAAGUUCUACAGCGUCAACAGAUACAGAUAAUACGCCGUCGACAGAUGCAAGUUCUACAGCGUCAACAGAUGAAAGUACUACAGCGUCAACAGAUACAGAUAAUACACUGUCAACAGAUGCAAGUUCUACAGCGUCAACAGAUACAAGUAAUACACCGUCAACAUAUGAAAGUACUACAGCAUCAACAAAUACAGAUAAUACAGCGUCAACAGAUACAAGUUCUACAACGUCAACAUAUACAGGUAAUACAGCGUCAACAGAUGCAAGUACUACAGCAUCAACCGUUUCUGUACCCUGUAAGAACCGAAGCUCGGCAACUCAAAUCCCUACAACUUCGGUUAAAACAGUACCGGACAUAGUCACCACACCGACACCAGGUACCAUACCACCAUUCCUUACAGCUGAGGGUAGGAUCCAGGUUCGGGUUAUUCCGAACAGACCUCCAGUAUUUAAUCCACUUGCAGCAAGUAUAACAAAGAAUGCCAUUGGAGUGAAUGAUGGCGGUAUAGUUUAUACAGUUCCUGUAACUGAUCCAGAAGGUGAUCCAAUCUAUUUCACCAUGAGUGUUGAUCCACAGACCACAAACUUCUAUAUUGAUGGUAGUGGUAAUAUCAGAGCAGUGAAAACCUUAAGCUCGGAAUGUUCAGCCGCCGUUUAUACGUUUAAUGUCACUGCUACUGAUGAUCUCCACGAUCCUGUUGGUCCACAUGUAGCUACAGUUCGUCUGUCUGGAACUAGCACAGCUCCUACUGCUCGAGGACUGAACCGAGAAUUCUUCUAUGAGGAAACUGUUCGAGUUCCAACAUUCAUAGCUAAAUGGUCAGUCAGCAGUGAUACUAAGAGAACAGUUUUUAGAUUCAAUCCAUCAAGUGCCAGAACAAGAUUUAAUAUCGUCUCGACAACUAUUAGAACUUCCCAAGAAAUGGAUUUCGAGACAUUCCCAAGAAUCAACAUCACGUUUACCUUCAGUAAUGAUCAUUGUCAAUCUAAAUAUUAUUUACUGAUUAGAAUCGGUAACGUGAAUGAUGUACCCAAACUUGGUCCGGCUGAACAAAGUAUUAAAGUGAGCGAAGGGCAGGUUUCCGCCCAACCCAGUUACACCAUCACUGAUGGCGAUUAUAACGACCGCCAUACUUUUAGUUUCUAUAGAGAUAGAAGCAGUGGAUAUAAUAUAAACCCAUUCACGGGAAAUAUAUCUCAUCCUACUGGGGUAGUUAUUGAUAAGAUAGGUGUUACAACUGUCUCUUUUCAAGUUGUAGUUACUGAUGAACUUGGACCAACAGAAUCAAAUAAGGUUUUGGUUAAGCUUCUCAUACAAGAUAUCAACAACCAUGCUCCAGAAUUUAUGGUAAAAUCCUUCACGAAAUCAGCUACUGCUUGUGAUUUACCUCAAGAGCUUGGUAUCAAGCUUGAAAUCUCAGACCAAGACUCCUCGCAGUUCGGCAAUUCAGAUCAUUCUAUAAUCCCAGUUACAAGCGGACCCUUGACGGUCACACCUGAUGGCACUGUAUAUAUGACCAAGGCUGUGGUACCUGGAGAAACUUAUAUGGUUCAGGCUUAUGCUAAAGACCACGGUACCAACCCUGGACCGCUGACCAGCAUCGUUCCAGUUACCAUAACAUUGAUUGGAGAACCCUGUCCAACACAGUUUCCAACAGCAACACCAAAACCAACAACGCCUGCCGCAAACUCUGGAUCAGCAAUGGGAGAUACGGGUGCGUCCGGUGGAAGUAUCUCCAUAAAUCAAAACAUCAAUUCUAACACCAACAACAAUGCCGGGGAUACCAACAGUGAUGCAUCAGCAUCAGCUUCUGCCACAACAGAUGAAACUACUGACGCAACAGCAGCUAUAGUGCUUGGAACUUUACUAGGAUUGCUUCUUCUAGCAGGCUUACUUUACUUACUCUAUAGGUUCUGCUUGCCCAGAUUUUUCCCCGAUGCGCACUACAGCAUUUCCAAUGCCUUUAGUAACUGUAGUGAACGCUGUUGCCCCAGAAAUUACAAUGCUACAGAACCAAUCAGGGGUGGUCAGGGGAAGAAUACUGAUUUCUGGAAGGAAGGAACAAAUAACAAUAGAAAUUAUAAAAACACCAAUAAUCGCUAUACUCGACCACUACCUUACCAAUAUGAUAGUAAAAUAAACUAAUGGCAUUAAUGUCACAUAAAGGUUUGAUCUGCUUUGAUUUAUAAAGUUCAAAAACUUCUAAAAUU